AUGGAUGCCUCUGGAAACUCCCUGGUGCACAUGAACGAUUUUGAGUUACACGAUUUUGUUGACGAAUCCAACUUCAUUCACUGCAUCGAUUUGAUCCGAGGAGAAGGGAAAGAUCCCGUUGUUAAUUUUGACACCGACCUUAUCAAUGGAUGUUUUGUGGAUACCCAAUUUGAUCCGAUUCCGGGAGAUAUCUACAACUUCAAUGCUACAACAAUGGCAUCUGACCCGAAUUCCGUGUUUGAUUCGUUACCGAAUUUUGGCGGGGAAGAAGAAGAUAUUGACGGGGAGGAUUCCUCCGCAACCACUACCACCACCAUGACAAGGAGUACAACCCCGACAAAGAAGGCGAAGGUUGAUAGGUCGAGGACUUUGAUCUCGGAGCGGAGGAGAAGAGGAAGGAUGAAGGAGAAGCUUUAUGCUUUGCGUUCCUUGGUUCCCAACAUAACAAAAAUGGACAAGGCGUCCAUUGUUGGGGAUGCUUUACUGUAUGUGCAAGAGCUGCAGACGAAGGCUAAGCAGCUGAAAGGUGAGAUUGCGGGUCUUGAAGCAUCCUUAUUGGGGUCGGAAAGAUAUCAAGGAUCAACAGAAAGUCCAAAGAAGAUUCAACUCCUGCAAAACGAACACCAUCCGAUCUGCAAGAACAUCAUGCAGAUCGAUGUGUUUCAGGUGGAGGAGAGAGACUUUUACGUGAGAUUGGUGUGUGAGAAGGGAGGCGGUGUGGCUUUGUCACUUUACAAGGCGCUUGAGUCUCUUGCCGGCUUCGUUGUUCAGAGCUCCAACUUUGCCACAGUUUCUGAGAGAUUUGUACUCACCUUCACGUUAAAUGUGAGAGAUAGUGAGGGGGACAUGAACUUGCCAAAUUUGAAGCUUUGGGUUGCUGCUGCACUCGUGAACCAAGGAUUUGCAUUUAAAACGCCUUUAUCUGCCUAA